GCGUCUCACAAACUCCUCAAACUGGUUGGACUGCACAGCUGCGAUGGCAAUUUCUCUGCGUCUCCCUUCACCUGCCUGUGUCAACGGAAAGGACCUUUUGUGGCACUCUAACCAUGAUAGACAGAAGGGUGUGAUGCAUUUCUAUGUUCAUCGUCGAAAUAAGAAUUUGAAUGUCAAUCUGUAUGCAGUGCCUCGUAGAAGUAUUUCCAAUAUUCGUGUCGUAAGAUGCUUCAAAACAGAUGGCUUAGCAGAAUUUAAAAGAGCUCGCGGAGAAGAUUAUGCUUCUUCUACCGCUAUGGCCCCAAAUCACUCCCAAAGGUCUAAGACAUUGCUGGAUAGGUCAAGUAAACCCAUGGAUGGUAUGAAUGAUUUUGAGAGGCAGUUGCAGGAAUUCUUUGCUGAAGUUAAAUCCAUGCUUAAGUUGGGAAACAAAGAUGAUGCUAUUACUCUGCUUCAAGCAAAUUAUGAAGCAGUAAAAGAACAGAUAGAUGCAGGAGUGAAAGACAUGGAACAAGCUGCUAUACUUGACAUCAUUGCAUUGGGAUACAUGGGUCUUGGGGACUUUGUACUUGUUGAAUCCUUGUUAGAUAUGAUGAAUGAGAUUGUUUGCAGCGUAAAGAAUAGUGAACCACUUCUAGAUUCACUGCUGAUGCAUAUGGGAUCUAUGUAUACAGCUUUGGGGAAGUUUGAUAAUGCUAUGCUUGUCUAUAGGAGGGGCCUAGAAAUCCUAGAGAAUUUAUAUGGAAAAGAUAGUCCUUUUCUUGUUAUACCACUUCUGGGGAUAGGAAAAGUGUUUGGUGCAAUUGGGAGGGCUACAAAAGCAGUAGAGAUCUAUAAGCGGGCAUUGAAUAUAUUGGAAACGAGCAGAGGUGCUGACAGUGAAGAUGUUGUGCUACCUUUAUUUAAUCUCGGCAAUCUCCUAAUCAAGGAAGGAAGGGCUUCAGAUGCUGAAAUUUAUUUUAAGAGAAUUUCAAGCAUAUAUAUGAAGAUUUAUGGAGAACAUGAUGGAAGAGUAGGAAUGGCUAUGUGUUCCCUAGCCCAUGCCCUGUGUGCAAAAGGAAAUGUGGAUGAAGCCAUCUCUUCUUACAGAAAUGGUCUUAAGGUUAUUAAGGAUUCAAAGUACAUGGCUUUAGAUGAUGACAUUAUGGAGAAGAUGAGGAUAGAUUUGGCAGAAUUACUUCAUGUCGCAGGAAGGGAAAAUGAAGGCCGAGAGCUAUUGGAGGAGUGUUUGCUGGUGAGUGAGAAGUAUGAAGGGAAUGAGCAUCCGAGUACAGUGACCCAUCUUCUAAAUCUUGCAACCUCUUAUUCACGCUCGAAGAAUUUUGUGGAGGCUGAGCGCUUAUUGAGGACAAGUCUGCGAAUAAUAACAAAGAGCAUGGGACCUGAAGAUCCAUCAAUUACCAUCCCAAUGUUACAUCUUGCUAUUACACUCUAUCAUAUGAAACAGUUUGAAGAGGCAGAAUAUCUGGCUCUGGAAGCUGUGCACAUACGUGAGGAGGCAUUUGGAAAAGAGUCUCUUCCAGUUGGGGAAGCCCUUGAUUGUUUAGUAUCUAUUCAGACCAGAAUAGGGACAGAUGAUAGUAAGAUAUUGAUGCUGCUGAAGAGGGUAUUGAGCAUUCAAGAGAAAGAGUUGGGAUAUGAGAGCGAAGAUGCCAUGAUUACACUGAAGAAGGUAGUUUUCUAUUUGGAUAAAUUGGGGAGGAAAGAUGAGAAAUUACCUUUACAAAGAAGAUUAUCCAUGUAUAGAACAAAGCAUAAGCAAAGUGUUCGAUGGUAAUGCUUUUUAAUCCAUAGAUGCUUUGUAAAUUUCGAAAAGCUGGUUCUAGGUGGAGCACAAUUCCAUUAGUAUAUAUGGACAGUGCUAGUUGCAGAAAGCUUCAUGGCAGCAAUGCUUUGGAACACCCACACAAGACACAUCAGGUACAGGGGUAAGUUGGGCCAUAACACGAUGUUUCUCGUAUCCAUUAUGACAUUGGUAUAUGGUAUCCAAUACAAGAAUCUUAUAGUCUGUAAAUGACUCUAUCUCUGGCUAGUUAUGGCAGAGACUUGGGAUCAAAUCCUGCCACCAAGGUUCGGGGGUUAUGGGUAUGGGGGGAUGGGUUGGGUUACCACCCGUUGGAGAUCCGGUCUGGAUGGUGACUGCUGGAACCAGAAAUUGGCAGUCAAAACAGGUAAAACAAAGAAAAAUGGAUAAAGAUGUGGAGAGGAGAGGACCACCAUUAGCUUGCCAAUUGAAACCAUUUUUGGUCAAGCUCCCAGAUUCUGAUCGCCGUUGGUUUGUUGUGUUAUUUUAACCUCGGAAGUUGGAAUACUUGGACGACUCCAACUCAUCAGCACCUGUAUAAGGAUGACAAAUGAAAUGAUUCAUGACGAAUUCGGAUGGGGGUGUAAUGGGAGCAUAUAUUUCUAUCCAAACGAUUCACCUGUCUUGUGGGUUGGCUUUUACCCGUUUUACUGUGCCGUCUCUGAUUUUACAUCUGACUAAUCAAACUCCAAGGCUCUUUUUCAAGAAACUAAGGUGUGUGUCAAUGGAAGAGACGAAUGUCACAGAAAGAUGUCGACAGAAGGACGGAGUGUUGCACCUUCAAGAAUCAAAGACUUAAACUAGUUGUUUGUUUGUUUAUGUUAAUUUCUCCAUAGAAUUUGGAAGCUUCUUCUAUGUGUAAAAUCACUAAUGAUUCUUUCUUUUAA